CUAGCUCCUUUCCCUAUCUUUUUCUUUCUGACAAGUCAACUCUGGCAGCCAGCAGAAGGCUGCGGUCCACCGGGUAAGAACGGCAUUCUUAUUAGUUCUUUAGUAGUCGCAGUACUCGGACAGAAAUACACAGGAAAAUCGAAGGAAAUGACGAUGGGAUCAAGCAAAGUUCAUGUUCUAGCUCUGCCAUUUCCUGCCCAAGGCCACAUAAACCCCUUGCUCCAAUUCUGUAAGCGUUUGGUGGCAAAGGGUGUCAAAGUCACCUUUGUCAACACCGUCUUCCUGUCCAAGUCUAUGCACACCGAUCCUAAGAGGUCAAUUAACUUUGAAACCAUUUCAGAUGGCUACGACGACGGUGACUAUGCAGCAGCUGAAAGCUUCGAGGCCUACGUGGAAAAAUUUGCCACCGUCGGCUCGAAAACCUUGGCUGAUCUUAUCAUGAAACUAGAAGACGACGGCAAACCAGUUCAAGCCGUGAUUUAUGAUCCACACUUGACAUGGGCUCUUGAUGUAGCUAAGCAGUUUGGACUUGUUACGGCUGCUUUUUUCACUCAAAUGUGUGCUGUCGACAGCAUCUACUACCAUGUUUACCAUGGACUUUUAUCGGUUCCUCUUUCUGACUCCCCCAUUUCACUCCCUGGAUUGCCGCUGCUUCAACCAAACGAAACUCCGUCGUUUAUCUACCUUCACGGUUCCUAUCCGGCUUAUCGUCACCUACAAGUUAAUCAGUUCUCUAACGUUGACCAAGCAGACUGGGUCAUCCUCAACAUAUUUGACAAAUUGGAGGAAGAUGCGGUGAAUUGGAUGGCGAGACUUUGGCGAGUGAAGACAGUGGGUCCAACAGUUCCAUCCAUGUACUUGGAUAAACGCCUUGAGGAUGAUACAGGUUAUGGGAUCAAUCUCUUCAAGCCAGACUCCAGCUUGUGCAUCAACUGGCUAGACAAUCAACCGAAGGACUCGGUUGUCUAUGUGGCAUUCGGUAGCUGGAUAGGGAUCGAAGCAGAACAAGUCGAGGAAAUAGCUUCCGCUUUGAUGGAGAUCGGCUUCAGAUUCUUAUGGGUGGUGAGGGCGCUUGAGAAGGAAAAGCUACCAAGCAACUUCGUUGAUGAGACAUCGGAGAAAGGGUUGGUGGUGACAUGGAGUCCACAGCUUGAGGUAUUAGCACAUGAAUCGGUUGCAUGUUUCGUUACCCACUGUGGGCUCAAUUCGGUGAUGGAGGCAUUGAGUUUAGGCGUGCCGAUGGUGGCGGCGCCGCAGUUAACGGACCAGCCCACCAAUGCUAAGUUUAUUGAGGACGUUUGGGGGGUUGGUGUGAGGGCUGCAGCGGAUGAGAAAGGCAUUGUGAGAAGGGAAACGUUAGUUUCCUGUAUAAGAGAGAUUAUGGAGGGAGAAAAGGGAAAGCAGAUCAAAGAGAACGGCAUUAAAUGGAAGACUUUAGCUAAGGAAGCUAUUGAUGAGGGUGGGAGUUCUGAUAGGAAUAUUGAUGAAUUUGUAGCCGAAUUAAUUAGCGGUGCCGGACAACCAGACGCUUGACAAAUUGGAGAUUUUCCAUUGUUCUUGCUUUUGUACUUUUGUUCAUUUUUCCCAAAUUAAUAAAAGAAAAGAAAGUAGUUUUAUUUU